AACAACCAACGACAGAGUAAAAUAACCCAUUUUAAAAACUUUUUUAAAAUGGCGGCUAAUGUAAUCAAACAAUAUCUGUUGUUGUUGUCUCUUCUGCUCUUGAUCGGCCUCUCAGCCGGAAGUUUCUACGACAAUUUCGAUAUUACUUGGGGAAAUGGUCGUGCCAAUAUAUUUGAGAGUGGACAGCUCUUGACUUGCACUCUCGACAAGACCUCCGGUUCAGGUUUUCAAUCAAAGAAGGAGUAUUUGUUCGGAAAGAUUGACAUGAAGAUGAAACUCGUGGCCGGAAACUCAGCCGGAACCGUCACUGCUUACUACCUUUCAUCUAAAGGCGAGACAUGGGAUGAGAUAGAUUUCGAGUUCUUGGGUAACGUUACCGGACAGCCUUACGUUCUUCAUACAAAUGUGUUCACCGGAGGCAAAGGUAACCGUGAAAUGCAGUUCUAUCUAUGGUUCGACCCAACUGCGGAUUUCCACACCUACACAGUCCUCUGGAACCCUCUCAACAUCAUCUUUCUCGUGGAUGGAAUCCCAAUCCGAGUGUUCAAGAACAACGAGGCUAAUGGCGUAGCCUACCCCAAGAGCCAGCCAAUGAAGAUCUAUUCAAGUCUUUGGGAAGCAGAUGAUUGGGCCACACGAGGCGGUCUAAUCAAGACCGAUUGGACCAACGCUCCGUUCAGCGCUUCCUACAGAAGCUUCAACGAUGUGGACUGCUGCAGCCGGACCUCGUUGUUGAGUUGGGUGACAUGUAACGCAAAUAGCAACUCGUGGAUGUGGACUACCCUUAACUCAAACCAGUACGGACAGAUGAAAUGGGUGCAAGAUGAUUAUAUGAUAUAUAACUAUUGUACUGAUUACAAGAGGUUCCCUCAGGGUCUGCCUACGGAGUGCAACCUCAACUGAUCAUGUUACCGAGAAAAUUCGAGCACUUGGCACUAUUUAUUUAUAUCUUUCUUUGUUUUCCUUUUUACCUCAAUAUUUGAUGAUUUGAUAUGGUUAUUCUUUUGAUUUUCAAAGAUUUAUUUCCCAUAUUGGGAUUAGUUGAUUUGGUUACGCUUGCUUCAUAUCUAAACGGUUGUAAUAAAAUGUGAU